AUGAACCACCUUCCGCAAGCCUGGGGCCGCCCUCGGGACGAUAUCUAUGGCGCAUAUGACCACGCCCACUUCCAGACCGCCGCCGGACCAAAUCAACACACACAAAGCCCAAUUGUGACGGGUACAUCAGUCGUAGCAGCCAAGUUCAAGGACGGCGUUGUGAUUGCCGCAGACAACCUGGCUUCAUAUGGCUCCCUUGCUCGAUUCACGGACGUCAAGCGCCUACGGAAAUUCAACGAGACGGUGGUGGUGGGGUUCGGCGGCGACGUAUCAGACAUGCAGUACCUUGACCGUCUGCUCAACUCCCUCGAUAUCCGAGAGAAUUACUCAAGCACUGACGACCCGCUUAACGCGAAGAACCUGCAUACGUACCUCGCCAAGGUCAUGUACAAGCGCCGCUCCGAUUUCAACCCUCUGUGGAACCAUCUCUUGAUUGCCGGUCUGGAUGGAGAGUCGAAGCCCUUCCUCGCUAGUGCGGAUCUACUAGGUACCACCUUCUCGUCACCGACCCUCGCCACUGGAUUUGGAGCUCACCUUGCACAACCGAUAAUGAGGAGGACUAUCCCGGACGAGAACUCGGUGAAGGACGUUAGCAAAGAGGACGCUGUGAAGCUGGUCAAGGAGUGCAUGAAGGUGCUCUUCUACAGGGAUGCUAGGAGUAUGGACAAGUACUCCAUUGCCACCAUCACCAAAGAAGGUGUGGAGCUUGACGAAAACGUGCAGCUCGAGAACCAGAGCUGGGCGUUCGCAGAGCAGAUCAGGGGCUAUGGUACACAGACGGCAUAG